UUCCCAGGUCGCACAACAUGGCGGCUUGAUAGAAACGACAAAGAAUCGCAAAAAAAUAGUUUGAUUCAGUGAAGAUGGCAGGCGAUUCUUCAGACAAGAAAGAAGUGGAGUCCUCUGGGGGCAAGGAGAGAGAGCGGAAGCGUUCUCGCUCUCGUUCUCGAGACCGUGAGAGGAAGGGAUCUCCGACGAAGGAGCGCAAGCGCCACCGUUCUCGGGAGAGAAAGAGAUCCCGCAGCCGAUCGAAAUCUGCAGAAAGAGAUCGACGGCAGAAGGAGAGGGAUAAAGAACGCGACCGGGACAAGGACAGAGACAGGAGUCGUAAGGAUAGGGACAGAGAUAAGGACAGUCACCGGAGAGACAAGGAUCGCAGCAGGAAAUCUAGCACAUCACCCAAGUCAAAAGAUGCCAGAGUAAAGAAGGAGAGGGAUGUGAAAAAAGAGGAAGAUGAACAGGAGGAAAAAAAGAAAAAAGAGAAGGUCCAGCCACUGUCUCUAGAGGAGCUUCUGGCUAAGAAGAAGGCUGAAGAGGAGGCAGAAGCCAAGCCCAAGUUUUUGUCCAAGGCAGAGCGGGAGGCGGAGGCCUUAAAGCGUAGGGAACAGGAAGUAGAGGAGCGGCGCAAACUCUUGGAUGAGGAGAGGAAGAAGAGAAGAAUCUUUCAGGACAUCGGGAGAAAAAUGCUGGAGGAUCCCCAGGAAAGAGAGCGCCGCGAGCGCAGGGAAAGGAUGGAACGAGAGAACAAUGGUAACGACAACGAUGACGAUCGGCAGAAGAUCCGUGAGGAGAAAGACAAGGGAAAAGAGCUGCAGGCCAUCAAGGAACGCUACCUUGGAGGUGUUAAGAAGCGUCGGCGAACACGGCACUUGAAUGACAGGAAGUUUGUGUUUGAAUGGGAUGCCUCUGAAGACACCUCCAUUGACUACAACCCCUUGUACAAAGAAAAGCACCAGGUGCAGCUGUAUGGCCGUGGCUUCAUUGCAGGGAUUGAUCUGAAGCAGCAGAAGAGGGACCAGUCUCGCUUCUAUGGUGACUUGAUGGAAAAGAGGCGGACAAUGGAGGAGAAGGAACAGGAAGAGUUGAGGCUAAAGAAGGUGCGCAAGAAGGAAGCUAAGCAGCGUUGGGAUGACAGGCACUGGUCUCAGAAAAAGCUGGAUGAGAUGACAGACAGGGACUGGAGAAUCUUCCGGGAGGACUACAGCAUCACCACCAAAGGUGGGAAGAUUCCCAAUCCUAUUCGUAACUGGAAGGAGUACCCGCUGCCCCCACAUAUCUUGGAGGUCAUUGACAAGUGUGGCUAUAAGGAGCCCACCCCCAUCCAGAGACAGGCCAUUCCUAUUGGUCUUCAGAACCGAGACAUCAUCGGUGUGGCUGAGACUGGCAGUGGUAAGACUGCAGCCUUCCUCAUCCCCCUGCUGGUAUGGAUUACCACCCUGCCCAAGAUAGACAGGCUCGAAGACUCAGACCAGGGCCCAUACGCGGUGAUCCUGGCACCCACCCGUGAACUGGCACAGCAAAUCGAGGAGGAGACUAUUAAAUUCGGGAAGCCUUUGGGCAUCCGUACAGUGGCGGUGAUUGGUGGGAUCUCCAGGGAAGACCAGGGCUUUCGUCUGCGGAUGGGCUGCGAGAUUGUGAUCGCUACUCCAGGUCGUCUUAUUGACGUCUUGGAGAAUCGGUACCUGGUUCUGGGCCGCUGCACAUAUGUGGUUCUGGAUGAGGCCGAUCGCAUGAUAGACAUGGGCUUUGAGCCAGAUGUGCAGAAGAUUCUCGAAUACAUCCCUGUCACCAACCAGAAGCCUGACACAGAUGAGGCAGAGGACCCAGAGAAGAUGACGCUGAACUUUGAAUCUGGGAAACACAAGUACAGACAGACGGUAAUGUUCACAGCUACCAUGCCACCGGCCGUAGAGCGACUGGCUAGAAGUUACUUGCGGCGCCCUGCUGUGGUCUACAUUGGUUCUGCGGGCAAACCCCAUGAGAGAGUUGAACAGAAGGUCCUGCUCAUGUCAGAGGCAGAGAAGAGAAAGAAGUUGCUGGAUGUCCUCGCUCGGGGCUUCGAACCCCCAAUCAUCAUCUUUGUCAACCAGAAGAAAGGUUGCGAUGUCUUGGCCAAGUCCCUGGAGAAGAUGGGGUACAACGCCUGCACACUUCACGGUGGCAAGGGCCAGGAACAGAGAGAGUUUGCUCUCUCCAACCUCAAGGCUGGUGCCAAGGACAUCCUAGUUGCCACAGAUGUUGCUGGCAGAGGUAUCGACAUUCAGGAUGUGUCUAUGGUUAUCAACUACGACAUGGCCAAGAACAUAGAGGACUACAUCCAUCGUAUUGGACGUACGGGUCGUGCAGGGAAGAGCGGUGUUGCUGUGACCUUCCUGACCAAAGAGGACUCGUCUGUCUUCUACGACCUGAAGCAGGCCAUAUUGGAAAGCCCUGUGUCUACUUGCCCCCCAGAACUGAGCAACCACCCAGAUGCUCAACACAAACCUGGAACCAUCCUGACCAAGAAGAGGAGGGAGGAAACCAUCUUUGCUUAGAACUCCCCUGUUUGUUGCUCACUCAUUUCAGGCCAUGCACAGGGUACCGUACUUCUUCCCUUUGUCACUGGGUCUUCACACAGCUGUUUGGUCUAUUUGUCUACACCCAUAAUUAGUUUGUGCUCAUAAUCCAAAUGGUCUGUUAAUAGCAUGUUCUUGGAACUUCCUCAUGAACUUUGCCCAGAUCUUAUCCCCUACCCCCUCUGCAGGUGAUAAACCGAUUCCAUUAGUCAUUAUUUGCCCUGCAGAGCAUCAACCACAUGCAGACCUUUGCUGAGAACUGUGUGAGACCUGUGUUAUCAGUGAAGUUCAUCAUGAUUUGGUUUUUCAAACAGUGUAAUUCUACUGUUUUUGGGAACUUCCUUAUCAACCAUGACUGGAGACCUGUGUGUGGAAUAAGGGAACAAAAAAGAAAGCUGGACUUGCUGGUUAACAGCUUGAAGAUCUGCCAGAAAUGAACGCAACAAAUACACAGGAAACAUGGAAAAGUGUAAAUUCUUUUCUACACAUUUUACUGUCAAAGGAGAACUUUACUUGUAUGAUGUUAUUACAAAAGGUUUAAAUUUUUUCCCGGGAAAUUGUGCUUGUAUUAAAGUGCAAAGAGAAGGUGUGAAAUUGUUCAUUGUUUUAAAUAAAAGUCCUUUUCCCUCA